AUGGCGGCGUCUGAGUCCCUAAAGGAUCCUCAGUCAGGGGACGUCACAGAGGGCAAAAUCAAAAGUCGAUCGGCAGUCGAGGUGGUGGUAGGGUUUUUUCCGACGGGCAAAGACAUCAAGACCGCAUUCACUUUCAUCCGCUUGCUUUUCUCGCUCAAUUACACUUCCGUCGACAUCGCACUUAUAGCCGUCGGCACCUUUUUUGCCAUCGCAGCAGGCAUCCCGGAACCAUUACUCGGUAUUGUGCUGGGUCAAUUGAUCAACGAACUCAACGAUGUCUCCUGUUCCCCCGCGGCGUACGAUCCUUCCUCUGUCCGUACAAAGGUUCUUUACCUCAUCUAUAUUACAAUAUUCAAUUUCGCCGCUAUCUACAUAUACGCAGCGUGCUGGGCCCUGGUGAGCGAGCGCGUGGCUCGUCGCUAUCGCAAAGCCUACUUUCGCAGUUUGAUCCGCCAAGAAGCUGCAUUUCAUGACACAUUGCCCUCAGGUCAGGUUAUCUCCCGGCUCGUGAGUGAUAUCGAAACGGUGCAGUCAGGAACCUCCGAAAAAGUAGGCAUAUACAUCGCCACUCUCUCCUACUUUGUCACGGCGUAUGUCGUGGCGUUCAUCAAAGUGCCGAUCAUCGCAGCUAUCCUGAUUUCCAUCGUGCCUUGCUUUUUUGCAAUGGCGUUGGUGGGUGGGCACUUUACCUCGAAAUAUGGGAACCGCGUGGGUAAACAUGUUGAACGCGCUACUUCUAUCGCGUCCUCGAGCCUGUCGCAUCUACGGAUAGUACAUGCUUUCAAUGCUCAUAAGCGUUUAGAGGACCUGUUCUCUUCGAACUUAUUCCAUGCCCGCAAGGAUGCGUUGAAGAAGGCGGGUGUACACGCGGCACAAAUGGGGUCGCUGUUCUUCAUUGUGUACUCAUCAAAUGCCUUGGCAUAUUGGAAGGGAGCAAAUCUCAUUUCUGAUUACCUGGACGGCUUGGGAUCUGGCGUCUCCCUUGGAGCAGUUUACACUGUCAUCUUCAUCCUCAUUGACGCCUCUUUUAUCCUCAGUCAGGUUUCACCGUAUAUGCACGUCUUCAGCUCCGCUGCGAGCGCGUCCGAGCGGCUAAUGGAGGUUAUAAAGCGCGACUCCAACAUUGAUGGUACCGUGGAGACAGGAGGAGGUGUAGACCUCUCUGACAAAGAGAUAGUGUUUGAGGAUGUUCAUUUUACGUAUCCAGCACGGCCUUCGAAUCCCGUCCUACAAGGUGUCAGCUGUGUAAUCCCUACAAAGAAGCACACGGCCAUUGUUGGGCCAUCGGGCGGUGGCAAAUCGACCAUUGUGGCUCUUCUUGAACGGUUCUACGAUCCAUCUACAGGCAAUGUAUUCAUCGGGAGACAAGAGAUCCGAAGCGUGAAUGUCGCCAAUCUUCGCGGGCAGAUGGGUUUUGUACAACAAGAGUCCCAGCUGUUGGAUCGAUCUAUCUUGGAGAACAUCGCAUACGGCCUCGUUGGAUCCACAUCACAUGAAGACCUGGCUGAUGUGAUCUUGGAUAUGAGCCUGGCAGGUGUGGUGGAGCAAAUUCAAUCAGGAUCUUCUGAAAGUGAGGUUCUUGCAAAUUGCGAUCGCAGGAUUGUUGAAAUUUUCAACCGGGCCAAGGAAGCAGCUGAGAAGGCCAACGCACUGUCAUUCAUUGAAACUCAACCGUUUGGGAUCGCCACUAGUGUUGGAACUGCUGGAGGUCAGCUUAGCGGCGGCCAAAGGCAAAGGAUUGCACUUGCUACCGCACUGGUUCGUGAACCUAAGCUUCUAGUUCUGGAUGAAGCAACUGCUGCACUCGACUCUAUGAGCGAGAGGCUAAUCCACGAAGCCUUGCUCAAAGUCUCUGGAACUACAACGAUUGUCUCUAUUGCGCACCGCAUGGCAGCUGUGAAGGAUGCUGAUCAAAUCAUAGUCAUCGAGAAGGGGAAGGUUGUUGAGCACGGUUCCCCUCAGGAGCUAUUAGAGCGUGGUGGCAGAUAUACGGCUAUGAUUGGGCAGCAAAAGAUAGACCAAGGGGAUGUUCAAGACCUCCUACCAACAACCGGCAGUAUUAUUGAGACAUCUGAAUCUCAAUACCAACUUGCUAUUGUGAGUGAGAAAGAUCACAUUGAUGAGAAACAAAAGGACGAUGCCACCGAGGCGCAAACAGCACUACCAGAAGAAGAUACCCCUGGAUCAACACUUCAAACACUGAAAAUCUCUUUCUCGUUUAUCCGCCCAAAUCUCCUUUCUAUUGUUCCUGGCUUGGGCAUGUCAGUUAUUAUCGGCGCCAGUUACAGCUCAAAUGCGGUGUUGUUCGGACAUACACUUGGAGCACUGAGUCCCUGCAGAGGAACUGACAGCAUCCGACACAGUGGAAGUUUCUUUGGCCUGAUGUUCUUCGUCGUCGGACUUGUGGAGCUCUUUGCCAACAUCAUCGGCGGCUGCGCGUAUGGAUGGGCGGCAGAUCAAGCUCUAUAUCGAAUCCGCGUUUCAUCCUUUCGAUCCCUACUUGGCCAGACUAUCACCUGGCAUGGAGCCGGUGGUCGAAGCCCAGGGACACUUAUUUCAUACCUGACCGGCGAUGCAUCGGCUAUCAGUGGCCUGACCGGCAUCACGAUUGGUCUUCUUCUCGCGACUACAGUCAACCUCUUCGCGGGUGUUAUCAUUUCGUUUAUUGUGGCUUGGAAAAUCUCUAUUGUCCUCGUCCCUACGAUCCCCGUCCUCCUUGCUGCCGGAUUUAUGAAAUUACGAGUACAAAGCCAAUUUGCCGAACGUCACAAGAAGGCAUUCUCUCGCGUUACAGAGAUCACCGUCGAAGCCCUGGGCAACUUGCGUUUUGUUGCCGGGUUCUCGCUUGAGAAACAGCUUUAUCGGGAGUUUAUCCAUGCCAUCCAGGGCCCAUACAAAAAGACUAUGAGAGCAAUUACUUGGGGCAACUUCUGGUUGGCAACAGCCUUCAGCGUGAGUAAUUUGAUCAGCGCCCUCGCAUACUGGUGGGGCUCCAAACAAAUCGCUUCCGGCUUGUAUUCCCAAACCCAGUUCUUUAUUGUUCUGCCGGCUCUGCUUUUCAGCACCCAGUCUUGCGGCCAGAUGCUUGCCCUAGCACCCGACCUAACCAAGGCAGGCAAAGCUGCAUCCCGGAUUGUUGAUCUGGUCAACACAGAUUCCGCGGCGAAGGAAUUCGGUAGAGACAGCCACAAGCAAAUAAUGCCGUCGCUCGGAAAGUCAACCGUUGACAUCGAAGCAAACUCAGAGUCUGUAUCGCCCCCAUUCAGCGAGACUGCAGUCGGCGCAGAGCUACGUCUGAUCCAGUUCUCCUACCCUACAUCACCUGAUAAACCAGUGCUCAAGGGGUUGAAUAUCACCUUCGAGCCGGGCGGCUUCUACGCCUUAGUCGGACCUAGCGGGUCAGGCAAAUCGACAAUCUUCGCCAUGCUAGAACGCUUCUACUAUCCAGUAUCCGGGUCAAUCCUGAUCGACGGCCUUGAUAUUACACAGGUCCUUUCCACCAGUUUCAGAGAUGACAUCGCGCUUGUGCCACAAGAAAGCGUCCUUUUCGAAAGCAGCGUCAAAUUCAACAUCGCACUAGGUGCAAGACCAGGCUACACGCCUACCCAAGCCGAGAUUGAAGAAGCGUGCAAGCUUGCUCAGAUCCACGACGUGAUCAUAGAGUUACCCGAUGGCUACGAGACUAUUUGUACCCACGGUGGGAAACAAUUUUCUGGUGGUCAGCGCCAACGUCUCGCUAUUGCCAGGGCCUUUAUCCGCAAGCCCCGCUUAUUACUUCUCGAUGAAUCUACGAGUGCUCUGGAUGGGGACUCGGAAACCAAAGUUCAGAAUGCCUUGUCCGGAUUUCUUGGGAAAACAACCGUUAUUGCGAUCGCGCAUCGCUUGAGGACUAUCUAUCGUGCAGAUCAGAUUUUUGUUAUCGAUGGUGGGAGAUGUGUGGCACAUGGUACGCAUGCGCAGCUUAUUGAGAAAAGUGAUAUGUAUCGAGAGAGUGUGUUGCAUCAGUCGCUUGAUGUCUGA